ACCGUGGAUGAAAAACCAAGCAACAGCAGUGUGGGGGGAUGGGAGGAGUUAGGGUCCAGCCCUGCCCAGACCUCCUCGUGUCCAAUUUCUCUGUGUCAGCUGUGUCGCUCAGCUGUCCACUUUCCUCCAGCCCUGUCAUUUCAGCUCUGACACCAAGGCGAGAGGCUAGGAGGUCUACAAAUACCGUCUGGGUAGCUGGUGUGAGUACAGAGGGUACUGGGGGGGCUUAGCCCCCAAGGAAGAGGACCAGUCCUCCCCCAGCACCACCAUCAAGACCCCAGGGGCUCCCUCUUUUCUCCACAGACUGUGGACUGACUUAGGGAAUCCCAAACCCUCCCCUUCAAGGACCACCCUACUGCAAGGGACAGGAACAAGGGGGGAAGAAUGUCAUUCAGAGAUUAGAUUUCAUAGUGAGGUCAACCUCUUGCAGGAUGACAGAAAAGGAGGUGCUGGAGUCCCAUAAGCCCUCCUUCCCAGGAGAGACUCGGCAAAGUGGGCUACAGCGGCUGAAGCAGUUAUUUAGGAAGGAGUCUACAGGGACAAAGGAGAUGGAGCUUCCCCCAGAGCCCCAGGCCAAUGGGGAGGCAGUGGGAGCUGGGGGUGGGCCCAUCUACUACAUCUAUGAGGAAGAGGAAGAAGAGGAGGAAGAGGAAGAAGAACCACUCCCAGAACCUCCCAAGCUUGUCAAUGAUAAGCCCCACAAAUUCAAAGAUCACUUCUUCAAGAAGCCCAAGUUCUGUGACGUCUGCGCCCGGAUGAUUGUGCUCAACAACAAAUUUGGGCUUCGCUGUAAGAACUGCAAAACUAACAUCCACGAACACUGUCAGUCCUACGUGGAGAUGCAGAGAUGCUUCGGCAAGAUCCCCCCUGGUUUCCGUCGGGCCUAUAGCUCCCCACUCUACAGCAACCAGCAGUACGCUUGUGUCAAAGAUCUCUCUGCUGCCAAUCGCAAUGACCCUGUGUUUGAAACCCUGCGCACUGGGGUGAUCAUGGCAAACAAGGAACGGAAGAAGGGACAGGCAGAUAAGAAAAAUCCUCUAGCAGCUAUGAUGGAAGAGGAGCCAGAGUCUGCCAGACCAGAGGAAGGCAAACCCCAGGAUGGAAACCCUGAAGGAGAUAAGAAAGCUGAAAAGAAGACACCUGAUGACAAACACAAGCAGCCUGGCUUCCAGCAGUCUCAUUACUUUGUGGCUCUCUAUCGGUUCAAAGCCCUGGAGAAGGACGAUCUGGAUUUCCCGCCUGGAGAGAAGAUCACCGUCAUUGAUGACUCCAAUGAGGAGUGGUGGCGGGGGAAGAUAGGGGAGAAGGUUGGAUUUUUCCCUCCAAAUUUCAUCAUUCGGGUCCGGUCUGGAGAGCGAGUGCACCGUGUAACAAGAUCCUUCGUGGGGAACCGCGAGAUAGGGCAGAUCACUCUCAAGAAGGACCAGAUUGUGGUGCAGAAAGGAGAUGAAGCCGGCGGCUACGUCAAGGUCUACACCGGCCGCAAGAUGGGGCUGUUCCCCACCGACUUUCUAGAGGAGAUUUAGGCUUGCAGACGCCUGCUGGCGGGAGAUACCCAAACCCCACUAUGGGCAGGCCCAGUGGAGGUUGGGAAGAGAAGGGGCGAAAGCAACUUUACCGCUGGGUGGGGGAGAGGUGGGAAGGCCCGCCGGAACGUGACGGGGCUUCUGGGAAGGGACUGGUUCCCGCCCCCCUCCCCCUCGGAGGGCGUCGCAGACUUGGUGCCUGGAGCAGCCUCACCCGCAACCCCUCAAGCCCAGCCUUUGAGAGCUGGAAAAAGAAGGCAUCUCCACUCGGAGGCGUCCCGAGGAGAGGGGGGUUGAGGCGAAGUGUCCAAUGUUGCGAAUUUAUUAAAGUUUUGACAGAAGUUA